UAAAGCAUUACGGACGAAGCCAUUGAAAGUGGUCUAACAAGACAUAUAACAACAUUCCCAAGAUUUUACUUUCUUACAUCUUCCCUGGUAACAGAAACAACAACAAGAAAAGGAUUUUGGAAUAAUGGAUGGCGUAAAAGAAAAGGAUGAAGCUUUGAAAUCUAACUCGUGUUCCAAAGAGGAUAUGUCUCAAAUAGGUCUUACUCCAGAAACUGUGCUGACUGCAUUAAAAGAUGAAGGAAAUACGAAAGUAGGAGAUCAGAUAAAUGAAGGGCACGAAAAAGAAAAGAGUUUAACCGAUGGAGAAGCACAUAAGGUGCAGGCUGUCGUUGAAGUUGCAGUAGAAGGAAAAGAUAAGGAGAAGGUUGAAGGACUGAUAAAUGGGGAGAGUUCGGGUGGGGGUUUAAAACGAAAGAGACUUAGACCUAGGAGGAGAAAUGUAAAAAGGAAAGUUGCACAAAAGGCUUAUGAGAUGGUGGUUGGAAAUGCGGUAGCAGCUGUAGUCAAUAAUGGAUUAUCUAUAGAUGAAGAGCUCGAUAAAGAAAAAGUUUUAAGUGAAGAUGCCGUGAAGGGGGUGGCAGUGAAAGGAAAAGGUGAGGGAAGAAGUGACGAGAGGAAAAGCAUGGAUAAAUUAGGCGAGAGUAUUAAUGGGAAGGGAAGGAAAGUUAGGAGAAUCAGGCGUAGAAAGAGUGCACAGAAAGCUUCUGAGGUAAUUAUCGUUACUGGGAAUGGUGCCGUUAAAGAAGCGUUAGUCAAAGUUGAAACUGAGGAGAAGAAGAAUAUUGAUAAACUAGGCGAGAGUUCUAAUGGGAAAGGAAGGAAACCCAAGAGGAAUAGGCAGAAAAAGAUUGCACAAAAGGCUUCCGAGAUGGCUGAUGGAGAUAAGUCGGAACCAUCUAACAAAAAGAGUGCUUUAAAACGGGCCGAAAGCACGGGGAUGGUGUUUAUGUGUAAUUCAAAAACAAAAGCUGACUGCUUUCGUUACAAGAUUCUUGGGCUGCCUGCAGGCAAGAAAGAUCAGGUAGAAAAGAUUUAUAAAGGGAUGCGGCUGUUUUUGUUUGAUGUUGAUCUGAGAUUGAUGUAUGGGAUUUUCAAAGCUGUGGGAGAAGGAGGCUAUAACAUUGAACCAAAAGCCUUCGGUUCGGCAUAUCCAUCUCAGGUCCGAUUUACCAUGAUGGAGGAUUGCUUGCCAUUGGCUGAGGAAAAAUUUAAGAAUGUUAUCCAAGAAAACUACUAUGCUCGAAAUAAGUUUGAAUGUCAGCUGAAUGCGCAACAGGUGAAGAAGUUAUGUAAGCUUUUUGUUCAUGCCAAAAGUGGCACCACUCCGAAGAAGUCUGUAAAAAGUCACCAAAGUGGGAAUGGUGAGCGUCACGGAGGCAGAGAUGCAUACAAAAGACAGCCCCGGGAGGAAGAGAGGCAACCUCACCCUCGAUUGGGUAGGGAGCAAAGAAGGUACCAUGACUAUGACAAUGGUAACGCCCCCGUUAGAUAUGAACGAGCGGCUCACCGUUCUCCAGUGCACCCUGUUGCAAGAUAUCUUCCACCACUUUCACAUAACCAGGCUCCGGUGAGGUCAUAUGGCCGUGAGACGACAUACUCUUAUGGCCGAGACCCGUUUCUAGACCAUUGGUCUUACCCUGCGCUAGAUACGGGAUCAAGGCAUUAUGAUGAGAUUGUUAGUCAAGACCAAGGCCGUUAUCACUUAUAUGGUAGAGAACCUCCUAUAUACCGUAAUAACGGGUAUCCCUCUGUAGACCAAAUAAGUGAAUACCGUCACCUGCAAGCAGCAGCCUUGCCACCACAGUACCACCUUGUAAGCAGAGAGUAUCCUCCUGUGGCAGAACCAGCAGAAUAUCAUAUUUCAGGAGGCUUGCAAGCGCGUGGCUGUUGUGAUGUGGGCCUUGUGCCGGGGUAUCUAAUUUCUGCAGCUUCGGUACCAGAGUACGGUCCACUUCAAACCCGUUAUGGAUAUUAAGUGAACAAAGUGAUAUUCAGCCUUUCCUUGCCGAUUUUUCAUGGUCAUAAUGUGUUCAGGCCUUCAGGGCACACCAUUAGUUUCAAACAUUUUUCAUAGACAUGGCUUGUGACCGUUGGAUUUUCUUUCAAGUCUUCUUUCUCCAAAAAAAUCGUUUUCAGAUUGAUGUGAUUUUAGAAUCACCAUCUCUAACUGUGUACUCGCAGAUUAUUAUGUUGACUUUUGAUAUUGGUUGUCCCUCAGCUCA